UGAGUCCGGAGUCACAUGCUUUCACACAUCUGAAGGCUCGGUGACAAUUCAUUUGUUCAUGUUACAUAUCCUUGCCGUUUUAACAUUUGCUGGUGGUCUGCUUCGUCUGAUUUUUUUUUUCCUUAAAGCUUACGGCAGAUGCGACAAAGGCUUUUUUAGUGGAAUCACUAUCGGUUUGCCUGUUUACUUGCUGACAAAGAAGAUAAAAAACAGCAAAUGCGAGACUUAUAGAGAAAGGGAAUAAAUAGCAACGGAUGCGGGAAUCCUGGCGAGCGGCUCAGGUAGCCUAUAAUCGGGAUUCGGGAUUCGCCGCGCCUCCUCCAGUGCGCCGGAGAGCUGCCAGUUGGGGCUGGUGACAGAGAGGCGAAUCAUGGAGCGAUUCUCCUGUGGAUUAAGUUGUCAAGCAGUUCGUGGAACGGUUUUAGAAAAGAUGUACACUUUGCUAAGCCCUAGUGCUGUUUAGCCACAUUUCCGGCGAGGCGCUCGCUUUGAGGAGCGGAUUCUUACUUCUUUACUCACACCGUCCAAAGCAGCAAGAGUGCGGGUCUGCACUGGCUCGGCCACAUAACACGAGUGCUUCACAGAGUGGCAGGUUGGCAUCGCGUUGUUUUGCUGCUCUGCUCUGCUCAUUUGGUUGGGAUGGAAUGAAUGCACCGUUACUCGGUGUUUCACGCUGCUGUGGUGCGGGUGUGAAAACUUCAGAUCCAGGUGUUCAACAGAGGACCGGCAUUAUUGGGCAAAUCGCACCUGAAUAGAAUCGGCUCUUCUAAAAUCUUUUUAUCUUUCUUCUUAUUAUUAUUUUUAUUUUUUAUUUUUUGAGUUUUCACAUGAGUCAGAAGAGUCUGGAAGUAACACUGCAAUCUGCGGGCAAAGCAUUUGCGAUUCUAAUGUACCUGCGGUGUGCCAGGUGCCACAGGUAACAGAACAAGUACGGGGCAUUGUCGGUUUUAUUUUUCCCUUCCUGUGCACUUUAGCAGCUGUUACAAACUGCAGGUAAGAUGCUCAAAGGAUUACUGAUCAACUCCACUUCCUCUCCCAGUUUUGAAACGAUGGCCCAAACCAGCACGCCCAGUUUAAACACGUCGCAAGCCGCAGUCAGCGUGGCGGCGCUGCUCAAGCCAACCGGCCGCGGGCUUCGCGAAGGAGACUUAAACAAACCCGACCUGCUCACCUAUCUCGUUAUGUUUCUCAUUUUGUUUUUGCUGGUCGUGCUCAUUGUGUUUUUUAUCAAUUGCCAGCUGAAGAAUUCCUUCUUUAUGUCUCUGCCCUACGACAGGUCGCUACGGGAAGCCCGCAAUUCGUGGAGAACUGCCAGGGUGUGAUGGAAUCUGACGGCGCAUCCCGUUACAUCGUCCGGGGGGACCCGGUGGACAAUUGUGUCUAUGCAUUCGUUUUAUAAUUCGAUUCUGUUGUAAUUUAGAACCAAAACCAAAAAAAGAUGGAAAUCUGUAAGGAGAGCAGCAGGCUCAUUUAUCACAAUACACGACUCGUUUUGAACUUUU